AUGGACCUGCUGUUCAACUUUAUCUCGCGGUCGAGAUCGAGGUUGCAGCCACAGCGAGCUGCCAAUGAGUCCGCCAUGUCGACCGUCUUCAUCCGCGGCACCAGCCACCGCCGCGGUCUCAGCGACGACCUGCUCUCCAACGCAUCUUCCAUCUCGCUCGACGAGCAGGCCGAAGCCCUAUUGAAACCGCCGGAGAAGAGGGCAGAUGGCCCAGCCGGCAUAAACCCUGCGGAGAGUGCCGCCAUUGAGCCUUUAGGCCUGCCUCAGCACGAGAAACGCUUCUGGUUCCAACGGGGGCAGACAUACGAUCCCUAUGCCGUCGCAACCCAACCAAGCGUCUUCGAUGACCCAGACACUGCCAAAGAGUAUCUGCCACGGCCUGACUGGGAAAACCUGCACCGCUUCGAUCCCUCCGCUCGAUGGACCUGGGGUGAAGAACACCGACUGAUCCGCAAGAUCGAUGUGCGCAUCAUGGUCUUUGCCUGUAUCAUGUUCAUGGCUCUGGAGCUCGACCGGGCCAACAUCAGCCAGGCCUUGACCGACAACUUCCUCGACGACCUGGGCUUGACCACCAACGACUAUAAUCUCGGGAAUACGCUGUUCAAAUUCUCCUUCCUAUGCGCCGAGGUCCCCUCGCAACUGGUGUCCAAGUGGAUGGGGCCAGACCGCUGGAUCCCAAUGCAGAUGGUGCUGUGGUCCGUCGUCGCCGUGUCUCAAUUCCGACUCGGCGGACGUGCCUCCUUCCUCGCCUGUCGCUGUCUUCUGGGCAUCUUGCAGGGGGGCUUCAUUCCGGACGUCAUUCUCUACCUUUCUUAUUUCUACAAGCACCAUGAGUUGUCUCUGCGGUUGGGCUUCUUUUGGACCGCCAUGAGCCUGGCUGAUAUCCUGUCUGGCUUUGUGGCCUACGGCGUUCUGCACAUGAGAGGACUAAAAAAUCAGUCGGGAUGGCGAUGGCUGUUUCUAAUAGAGGGUCUCCUGACCAUGGUUGUCGGGCUCCUGUCCUUCGGAAUGAUGCCCGCCUCUCCCACGCAGACUGCGAGUUGGUUUCGCGGGAAGAGCGGCUGGUUCAGUGAAAGGGAGGAGGUCAUCAUGGUCAAUCGAGUGAUUCGCGAGGAUCCUGCGAAAGGGGGUAUGCACAAUCGGCAGGCCAUCACUCCUGCUCUGUUGUGGCAGUGUCUGAAAGACUUCGACCUCUGGCCGAUGUACAUCCUUGGUCUCACCUUCCAGAUCCCCAUGACUCCGCCGCAACAGUAUCUCACGCUAUCACUGCGCGGGCUGGGCUUCGAUACCUUCCAAGCCAACCUGUUAGCCAUCCCUCACACGGUCUUUCACAUGUGUAACAUGAUGCUCGUCACGUACCUAGCCGAAGUCUUCCGAGAGCUUACGUUCAUCGCCAUUCUGGCCCAGUUCUGGGCGCUCCCAUUCUUGAUUUACUUCAACAAUGUCGACAUCUCCCAAACCAACAAAUGGAUCAUGUGGGCCGUCACCACUUUCUUACUUAGUUAUCCUUCUGCACACCCCAUACAAGUUGGAUGGAACUCGCGCAAUUCCAACGCCGUCCAUUCUCGCACCGUCUCUGCGGCCAUGUAUAACAUGUUUGUGCAAGCCGGUGGCAUCAUUUCUUCCAAUGUCUAUCGCGAAGACGAUGCGCCCCGCUACAAGCGAGGCAAUCGCGUUCUUCUCAUCGUAGCCUUGUGCAACAUUGGUUUGUACCUCUUGACCAAAGCAUACUACGUGUUCCAGAACCGGCAACGCGAUCGCAGGUGGCGCGCCAUGACUGGGCCCCAGCAACUGCAGUACCUGGCCAGGACGAAAGAUCAAGGGAACCAGAGACUGGACUUCCGGUUCGCUCACUAA